GCGCGGAACGAUGACGUCGGCGGGGGCGCGCAGGCCGGCUGUGGCAUGAGGAUUUUAUGGAGAUUACAUGGAUGCUGUGCUAGACUAUUGACAACUACAUGUUUUGGAACAGCUGCCUCGAAUACAUCAUUUCCAACAGCUUGGAAGCCAUUGGCACAACGUUUUGACAGACUCCCUGGACUUUUUAUAGAGGUUCAAAGAAAUAGUUCCUUUAGGAUGCCUAAAACUGUAGAGAAUAAAACUGAUCCUGAACUAUAUUCACCACAUCCUGACGUACGUGGCAUGACAAUACUUGACAGAGCUGCUUUCAAAAAAACAAUUACUGUUCCUGUUCUCAAGGUGAAAAAAGAAAUCAUAAACAGGCUGUUGAAAUCUCUGAAACACAUGGUGAUGCAGCGGGCGGGUCUGAAACGAGUGACUGAUGAUCCAGAAGAUGAACACCAUAAACUUGUUUUGUUGGAUCCCCAUAAAAUGUCAUCAGAAGGUUCCCUGGGAGAAGCUGACCGAAAAAUAUUAGAACAGUUUGAUAUUAUUCCUGAACUAUCCAAGCAUGAUGUGGAAUUCACUUACGACUUUUUCAAGGCAGAGGAAAUCUUCCAAGCAGUGCUCCCAGAAGGCCAAGAUGUCACCUCUGGAUUUAGCAGAGUUGGCCAUAUAGCUCACUUGAAUCUCAGAGAUCAUCAGCUGCCCUACAAACAUUUGAUCGGCCAGGUUAUCAUUGACAAAAAUCCAGGAAUCACCUGUGUAGUAAAUAAAAUCAACACCAUUGAUAAUACUUACCGAAAUUUUCAAAUGGAGAUCCUAGCUGGGGAGACCAACAUGAUGACAAAGGUUAAAGAAAACAGCAUCCAAUAUGAAUUUGACUUCUCCAAAGUGUAUUGGAACCCACGCCUGAGCACAGAGCACAGCCGCAUCGUCGACCUGUUAAAGCCGGGGGAUGUUCUGUUUGAUGUUUUUGCUGGGGUUGGACCUUUUGCCAUCCUAGCAGCCAGGAAGAAGUGCAGAGUAUUUGCAAAUGAUCUAAACCCUGACUCCUACAAAUGGCUUCAGCACAACUGUAAACUGAACAAGGUGGACAGAACAAUACAAGUCUUUAACAUGGAUGGCCGGGAUUUCCUCAGGGGGCCUGUGAAAGAACACCUAACUGAAGAGCUCUCGCUUUCAACAAAAGAAAAGAAAAACUCUCUACAUAUAGUCAUGAAUUUGCCAGCUUUGGCUGUUGAAUUUCUGGAUGUUUUCAAGCAUCUCUUAGACGGGGAGCCAUGCAGCUCCAAUCUCCUUCCCACAGUGCACUGUUACAGCUUCUCCAAACACGAUAAUCCUGCCAAAGACAUUCAAGACAGAGCAGAAGCUUUCUUGGGAACAUUCUUAGAGGGACGCUGUUCUGUUCGACUGGUGAGAAAUGUGGCACCAAAUAAGGAAAUGCUGUGCAUUAGUUUCCAGGUCCCAGCUGAUGUGCUGUACAAGAGGCAGUGCCCUCCUGAAGUGAGUCCAGAGGAACCGGCCUCUAAACGUCUGCGCCCAAAUGGAGAUUCUUCUGAAGAAAAAUCAAUCAGUUGACAAGAGCACUGACCAGUCCUUUGUCAUUAAUUCGUGGAAGACAUGGUAAUGCAGGUUGGGUACCUCUGGCCUUCAGGCUAAUCAAGGCAGGCUGAGUUCUUCCUUAGGCUAAGACAAUGCAGCGUCCUAAUGCAUAAAGUGUGCGUUGCAUCUUUCUUUUGUGAACAGCCUGCUCCCUGGUGGCUUUUUUGGUUUUUUUUUUUUUUUUAAUUCCAGCAUCAAAGCAAUGAAAUCAUUUAUUUUAUUGCACAGGAUAUUAAACUUUAUUUCCUCAUUUUA